AAACAAGUAUGUCCGCCGCUGUCAUAAUAAGGUUAUGAUAAUGUCAAGAUGAAUCAUUCUACUGUGUAUCCAUUAACUCCUUCGAUUGUACAUUUGAAAAAAAAGAAACAAAUUGAUUCACUACGGAUUUUCAUCAACGAUGUUCGAGAAAUUCACGCCGGAGAAUAUCAUGUAUUUUUUCGUUCGGGAAAUCGGGAAUUGACAUUAAAAAUUCAAUUACCUUCCGACUUUCCAACUCAGAAGCCUUUGAUUUGGAUUAAUCCUGUGAUUCAACACAACUGGAUAACCGACAAUGGCCGAAUAAUGUCUCCAGGAUUAGUGAAUUAUUCAGAGCACUCAGAUUUGGGUCAAAUUGUGCAUUCAAUAGUACGAGAAAUGACAAAGUUGCCUGAAAUAAAAUCUUAUCCAAAUGGAGAAAGGAGCAGCAGUGAAACAUUCCUAUCAACUAGUCAACUUAGUCAGCAACAAUAUUUCCCAAUUCCUCCCUUCAUUCCUGAACUGGAAAGCCUCUCAAGAUAUCAGAUCAAGAAUCUGAGUGAAAGUGAAGAUGUUUUACAUCAGUUUGUUGAGGAUCUUCCUCAAGCAGAGGCUGUUGCAAUAGAUGUCAAAAACCACCUGGAUGUUGUCGAAAAAAUAGCAAGGAGUAUUGCUGACCUGAAGAAAACCUUGAAUGCUAAACGACAGCUGAUAUUGCAACACUAUGAGACACUCAAUGAGCUGAAGUUAGAAUGGGAUUCAUCAAGUACUCAGCACCAUAACUUGUCUCAGUGUUAUUUACCUAACAACAUUGAAGGAAGCCUUCGUCAAGCUGCAACGCUGGCAGAUGAGAAAAGUGAAGCAAUUGCUGAAGUGUUUCUCUCCGGUCAAAUGGAUGUUGACACAUUCUUAAGCUCAUACACUGCAUCUAGGACGGAAAGCCACAUACGAAAAACUAAAGAAGAAAUUCUCCAUAAGCAACUCCAAGAGCUUCAGCGAUUGGGAUAUUGAAAAUGUGAAAUUUGUUGUGGGAUUCAGGACACAUGCCUUUUCAUAGAAAGACACAUCAAUAACUCAUUGUUUAUAGGUCUUUUCCUGGACGGCGGACUUAUUCCCCACAGAUAAAUUUUGAACCACCGAAUAUCAGUGAUGAGAAUUGGAUUUGAAAUACAUGGUAUAUAUUUUUUUUUCAACCAAA